UUCCCCCACACUCCACCAUUCCCGUGGACGCGCGCACACACUCCACGGCCCAAGCUCGGCACCUCGCCGGCGGCAAACCAAUCCAAAAAGCGGCGGCACAAACAAGAUUAUGCAAACGGGGGUUAAAAUUCCCCCGUCGCAGUUGCCCGCCCUCCUCUAGUCUAGAUAAAAAAACUCGCCACCUCACGCCCUUCCCAUCCAUCCCAUCGCCACUCCACUCGCACUCGGCCAAGAAAGAAGCGGCAGGUCACUGCCCACUGCUGCUCCAGGAGCGAGAAAGGCCAGCCAAGGAGGGAGCUUUGCUUUCAGGAGGAGAGGAGCGGCGAGGUGGGCGGCGGGCGCCAUGGCCGCAGCGCCGCGUAGUCUUGUCACCUGCAGCGGCGGGGGCAGUAGCAGUAGUCGCAUCCUGCUCGCCGUCUUCCUGGCGGCCGCCCUCUUGGCGUCCGCGGCCAAUGCGGCCGUCUCGUACGACCACCGCUCCCUCGUCAUCAACGGCCGCCGCCGCAUCCUCAUCUCCGGCUCUAUCCACUACCCGAGAAGCGCCCCCGAGAUGUGGCCCGGGCUGAUCCAGAAGGCCAAGGACGGCGGCCUCGACGUCGUCCAGACCUACGUCUUCUGGAACGGGCACGAGCCGGCGCAGGGGCAGUACUACUUCGCCGACCGCUACGACCUCGUCCGCUUCGUCAAGCUCGUCAGGCAGGCCGGCCUCUACGUCCACCUCCGCGUCGGCCCCUACGUCUGCGCGGAGUGGAACUUCGGUGGCUUUCCAGUUUGGCUCAAGUAUGUGCCGGGCAUCAGGUUCAGGACAGACAAUGGCCCAUUCAAGGCGGCAAUGCAGAAGUUCGUGGAGAAGAUAGUGUCCAUGAUGAAGUCGGAGGGGCUGUUCGAGUGGCAGGGAGGCCCGAUCAUCAUGGCUCAGGUGGAGAACGAGUUCGGGCCAAUGGAGUCCGUCGUGGGCAGUGGCGGCAAGCCAUACGCUCACUGGGCGGCCCAGAUGGCUGUCGGGACCAACGCCGGCGUGCCGUGGGUGAUGUGCAAGCAGGAUGACGCCCCGGACCCCGUGAUCAACACUUGCAAUGGCUUCUACUGCGACUACUUCACGCCAAACAACAAGCACAAGCCGACCAUGUGGACCGAAGCCUGGACUGGAUGGUUCACCAAGUUCGGCGGCGCGGCGCCUCACCGGCCGGUGGAGGACCUGGCCUUCGCCGUGGCACGGUUCGUUCAGAAAGGAGGCUCCUUCGUGAACUACUACAUGUACCAUGGAGGAACGAACUUUGGGCGCACCGCCGGUGGCCCCUUCAUCGCGACCAGCUACGACUACGAUGCCCCCAUUGACGAGUUUGGUCUGCUCAGGCAACCGAAAUGGGGUCACUUGAGGAACAUGCACAGAGCUAUCAAGCAGGCCGAGCCUGCGUUGGUUUCUGGCGAUCCAACGAUACGAUCUAUUGGAAACUACGAAAAGGCAUAUGUCUUCAAGUCAAAGAAUGGAGCCUGUGCUGCGUUCCUGUCGAACUACCACGUUAAAUCUGCUGUGAGGAUCAGGUUUGACGGGCGUCACUAUGACCUCCCGGCUUGGUCCAUCAGCAUUCUGCCCGACUGCAAAACCGCAGUCUUCAACACCGCGACGGUGAAGGAGCCGACUCUGCUGCCGAAGAUGAGCCCGGUGAUGCAUCGCUUCGCUUGGCAGUCCUACAGCGAGGACACGAACUCGCUGGAUGACAGCGCGUUUGCAAGGGAUGGCCUGAUCGAGCAGCUCAGCUUGACAUGGGACAAGUCGGACUACCUGUGGUACACCACCCAUGUCAACAUUGGUUCCAACGAACGAUUCCUCAAGUCUGGCCAGUGGCCUCAGCUCAGUGUGUACUCUGCUGGACACUCCAUGCAGGUGUUCGUCAAUGGGAGGUCAUAUGGAUCUGUUUACGGCGGCUACGACAACCCGAAGCUAACAUUCAGUGGGUAUGUGAAGAUGUGGCAGGGCAGCAACAAGAUCUCCAUUCUAAGCUCAGCAGUGGGCCUUCCUAACAACGGUGACCAUUUCGAGCUGUGGAACGUCGGCGUCCUCGGGCCAGUGACCCUCUCCGGCCUGAACGAGGGGAAGAGGGACCUGAGCCAUCAGAGAUGGAUAUACCAGGUCGGCCUGAAAGGCGAGUCGCUCGGCCUCCACACCGUGACCGGAAGCUCCGCCGUGGAAUGGGCCGGCCCCGGCGGCGGCACGCAGCCGCUGACUUGGCACAAGGCCCUGUUCAACGCGCCGGCGGGGAGCGAUCCGGUGGCCCUGGACAUGGGCAGCAUGGGCAAGGGCCAGGUGUGGGUGAACGGGCGCCACGCCGGGCGCUACUGGUCGUACAGGGCUCACUCCCGCGGCUGCGGGCGGUGCAGCUACGCCGGGACGUACCGCGAGGACCAGUGCACGUCCAACUGCGGCGACCUCUCCCAGAGAUGGUACCACGUGCCGCGGUCGUGGCUGAAGCCGAGCGGGAACCUGCUGGUGGUGCUGGAGGAGUACGGCGGCGACCUCGCCGGCGUCAGUCUCGCGACACGGACUACGUGAACAAGGCAGGCGAACGACACGCGUUGCAUCUAACUCGUACAUGUAUACUAUACUCCGACGUGCGAGUAUAUACAUCGAUUGGUAUUUGUUUAGUGAGGUGAGGCCAUGGCGAGGAGGAGCAAGCAUACCGACCAUGCCGUAUUCGCGGACCGUAUUUAUACACACGACACCGUACAUUACACUCGCGUGAUAGCAAUGGUUAUACUGCAAGGGGAAGGUAAGGAUGGCAUUUAAGUGCAGAGCGGAGAGGGUGGGUGCCUGGGUGGUCUCCGGCCAUCAGUGCGGCGGCAGGACCGGCAGCUAGCUAGCUGCGCCGGCGCGGCACACACUUCGAGGCCAAUUCAAUUCAACUGUUUCAAUUCAUGUAACUGGCACUCUGGCAGCGGGUGUUUGCUGCUGCUUGCUGUGUUUUUUUGAAGACGUGAACAUGAAAUACAAAACUGAGCUUGUUUUGUCCAUGGCUA